AUGGCAUUUGAAUAUAUUGGUAUGUAUUUGGAAGAUCAUUUUCAACAUUAUAUUCGGACUCAAGAACGAAGAAUACUUCGAAAUAUGGAAAAUCCAUUUGAUUUGAGUGAUCGCGAAUUUGUAUUGCUCUAUAGGAUAGAUAAAAGUCAAAUGCAUGACAUUAUUGAUUCAAUACAACACAGAUUCACUUGUAAUAGGAUUACUGGAAUUUCCCCGGAAAAACAGAUUCUUUCUGCAAUUCGCUUUUAUGCAACGGGAUGUUUUCAAAGGCCUGUGGGUGAACAGUGGGGCAUUUUUAUAAGCCAACCCUCAGUUAGUCGUUCUUUACAUAGAGUUACUGAUGCAAUCAAUGAUGUGUUAUUGAAGCAAUGGGUCAAGUUCCCGAUAACAACGUAUGAAAGGAACAGUGUUAAAGAACAAUUUCGAAACAGUUCAUAUCCCUUUGACGGCUGUAUUGGUGCUAUUGAUUGUUCUCACGUUGCUAUUCUUGCUCCUCCAAACAACGAAGGAGCUUACGUUAACCACCAUGGUUACCAUUCUUUAAAUGUGCAAAUGAUUUGUGAUCCAUACUUAAAAAUAUUAAAUGUGAAUGCACAGUACUCAGGCUCCAGACAUGAUGCAUAUAUAUGGAGCUCAAGUCCUGUACGAACUUUACUGGAAAGGACAUUCAAUAGUGGAGAGAGAAGAACGUUUUUAAUAGGUGAUAUGGGAUAUCCUUUAGAGCCUUGGCUUAUGACUCCUUUGCCAGAGGAAACUCCCGGUACACCAAGAUUUAGAUAUAAUGAAGCGCUUUGUAAAACUCGUAACUGCAUCGAAAGGGCUUUUGGUGUUAUAAAAGCAACAUGGAGAUGUCUUUCAAGGCACAGAACUCUACAAUACAAACCUGCUUUUGCCGGGAAAAUAGUAAAUGCUUGUACAGUACUGCAUAACAUUAAACGUCAGAAUAACAACUUCUCAUCUAAUGAGUUUAAUGAUGAAGUACAUUUUCAAAGUCAAGACGAAUCCCUAGAACAAAACCAAUCACUACUUUCAGUAGCAAGACGCAUUCAAAACCAAAUUAUUGAACAAUACUUUAGUUAA